AUGGCCCAAAUUACUCACCGGCGUUAUGACAGCAUUUCCACCUGGCUCGAACAUGGUGUUGCGCCCUCACCCGACCGGUUACUCUAUCCGCAUUUCACUGCGACAUCGCUGUCUAAAAAGCGCAAACGGCCGAGCUGUCCCGUCGCCGAUGGCCACGGCCUUGCUUCUCCUCCCAUCUCGACUGACGACUCUCAAAUGAGCUCCAGGUCCCCGAGGAGGAGGAGGAGGAGGAGGAGGAGGAGGAGGAGGAGGAGGAGGGCAAAGCGUCAGGCGAUUGCGGACGAUAACGAUGAGGACCCAGUUGCACCCAUCGACCUGGAGGCCACGCCGCGACGUGGAGAUUUCCCGCUGUCCUUGGGAUUCAACAAGUGCCCAGUCACCUACGAGCUCUGGCGCCUCCACAAGGUCGGGUCAAUCCUCUCCAAGUCCAACUCUCGGUCAACCCAACUGCUAUGGCUGCUGAAAAAGGCCAUUAACGUCUUGCACGAAAUGCUUCCGGGCUCAUCCAUCAACCACAGUGACGCUCCCCGGCUGGUAGACCUCCCGAUUGCAGUCAGCAUCCAAGUCAAAGGAAGUGAUGGGGACGAACGAAAACAGACGCUUCAAGUCGGCACAUGGCAGGCCGCACAGUGGAACAUGUGGUCGCAGCUCCUGAAGGGUCGGCUUUUACGGAAAUACACCGUAGCAGCAGGCACAACGCCCUUCGAAACUCCUGCAAACGAUGGCGGCGACGGGACACACGAUUCGAGGAGCAUCGCGGAACGUGCUUUGGCCGAGUCGGAUCGCCUGCUUUGCACAGUCCCGUAUCUCCCAGCGAUAUUUAUCCAUGCUCAUUCUUGGUAUCUGGCUGCUACCUCCCGUCAAGGGGACAAAAACCAUACCCUGGCGUGA